AUGUCAACAAAAUGCUUUCGUUCCGUUCGUUUCAUGCCGAAUAAGUCCUCGUGUAUUUCAUCAUUUAAGAAAUUGAAUUACAUCCGAAAUCCAUAGGAUUUAUAAAAACUUAAUCCCAAGGAUGCAGUAGCAAUACCCAUCUGUUAUGUUAAUCGUGAAAAAAGUGCAGUUUGAAUUAUAAAUCUAGUGAAAAUGGGACUUGAUGAAAAGCACUGGGAACCGGAGGGUAAGAACUUCAAAAAGGUCCAAAAGGCUCUGGAGGACAAAUGGAAGCUGGUUCCGGCGUUUCUCCAGAUCAAGGGUCUGGUCAAGCAGCACAUCGAUUCUUUCAACUAUUUCAUCAAUGUGGACAUCAAGAAUAUUGUCCGGGCGAAUGAUGAAGUGAAGAGCGAUGCUGACCCGUGCUUCUACCUGAAAUAUUUGAAUGUGAGCAUCGGAAUGCCAGAUGUGGAAGAGGGUUUCAACAACACCAAGUCUACUACUCCGCAUGAGUGCCGGCUGCGGGAUAUGACAUAUGCGGCUCCAAUUACCGUCGAUAUCGAAUAUACGAGGGGAACCCAACGAGUGGUGCGGAAUAAUCUUCUGAUUGGUCGUAUGCCGAUAAUGCUACGGUCGUCCAAUUGCGUGCUAACUGGGAAAUCUGAAUAUGAGCUGUCGCAAGUUAAUGAGUGUCCAAUGGAUCCGGGCGGUUAUUUUGUUAUCCGUGGCACGGAGAAAGUUAUUUUGAUUCAAGAGCAGGUCUCGUGGAACAAGAUGAUAACGGAGGACUAUAACAAUGUGAUUCAGUGCCAGGUAACGAGUUCGACUCACGAGAAGAAGUCCCGAACGAUUCUACUGUCCAAGCAUGGCAAGUACUAUUUGAAACACAAUUCUAUGACGGAGGAAAUUCCAGUAGCCAUCAUAUUCAAAGCAAUGGGAAUCGCCUCGGAUCAAGAGAUUAUGCAACUUGUUGGUAUUGAUACGGAAACGCAAAAGCGAUUUGCGCCUUCCCUGUUGGAGGCUGCCAAUCAUAAGGUUUAUACUCAGCAACGAGCCCUGGAAUACAUGGGAUCGAAGCUGAUCGCGAAGCGUUUCACUACAGCGGCGACCAAGUACAGAACAACUGCGGAUGAAGCAAGAGAUUUACUAGCGACAACUAUCUUGGCCCACGUCCCUGUACCGAAUUUUAAUUUUCAGGUAAAGGCUAUUUAUGUAGCUCUUAUGAUUCGUCGCGUCAUGGCUGCCGAAGUGGAUAAAUCAGCUGUUGAUGAUCGCGAUUACUACGGUAACAAACGACUUGAGCUGGCAGGAUCGCUGCUGUCCCUGAUGUUCGAGGAUCUGUUCAAGCGGUUCAAUUGGGAGCUGAAGAUGAUCGCCGACAAGAACAUUCCCAAGAUAAAGGCCGCGCAAUUCGAUAUAGUAAAACACAUGAGAGCUGCUUUGAUUUCAACUGGCUUGGAAACGGCAAUCUCGACGGGAAAUUGGACCAUCAAGCGUUUCAAAAUGGAACGUGCAGGGGUGACGCAAGUGCUUUCCCGAUUGAGCUACAUUUCUGCGCUCGGAAUGAUGACCAGGGUGAAUUCCCAGUUUGAGAAGACGAGGAAGGUUUCGGGACCGCGUUCAUUGCAGCCGAGUCAAUGGGGAAUGCUCUGCCCCUCGGAUACCCCCGAAGGUGAGGCUUGCGGUUUGGUGAAGAAUCUUGCAUUAAUGACGCACAUUACGACGGAGGUAGACGAAGAACCGGUAAUUCGCUUGGCUUACAAUUCAGGGGUGGAGGACAUUCGUCUGCUGGGAGGUGAAACCAUAAAUAAUCCGAAGGUUUUCAUGGUGUUCAUCAACGGUAACAUCUUGGGGGUGACGAUCGGGUAUAAGCGUUUGGUAGAGGUAUUUCGGAUGAUGAGAAGAAGGGGCCUCAUUGGAUCGUUUGUUUCGAUUCAUACAUCAUUCACACAGCGUUGUGUUUAUAUCCACACGGAUGGUGGUCGCUUAUGUCGUCCAUACAUAAUUGUGCAGAACGGAAAGCCCUUGGUGCAGCAGGACCACAUCGAGCAGCUGAAGAUUGGCUUGAGGAAGUUUGAUGAUUUUCUCCAUGAUGGUUUGAUUGAAUAUUUGGAUGUAAAUGAAGAAAACGAUUCAUUCAUUGCUUAUCAAGAGACCGACAUUGAUCCGGAAAAGACUACUCAUUUAGAGGUGGAACCUUUUACACUCUUGGGAGUUUGUGCUGGUUUAGUUCCGUAUCCACACCACAAUCAAAGUCCUCGUAAUACCUACCAAUGUGCUAUGGGUAAACAAGCUAUGGGGAUUAUCGGCUACAAUCAAAAGAACCGCAUUGAUACACUUAUGUAUAACAUUGUAUACCCGCAGACUCCAAUGGUCCGAUCAAGAACCAUCGAGCUGACUAAUUUCGACAAACUUCCGGCUGGGCAGAAUGCCACCGUAGCUGUUAUGAGCUAUUCGGGGUACGAUAUCGAAGAUGCCCUGAUUCUGAACAAAGCUUCCAUCGAUCGUGGCUACGGUCGUUGCCUCGUUUACAAAAACAGCAAAUGCACCAUCAAGCGCUACAGUAACCAAACAUUCGAUCGUAUCAUGGGCCCUAUGAAAGAUUCCUUGACCAACAAGAUUAUUUUCAAGCACGAAUGUCUCGAUACGGAUGGAAUCAUUUCUCCAGGAGAAAAAGUCCUGUCCAAACAAACUAUGGUCAACAAGGAGAUGCCCGCAGUCAAAUCGACAAAUCCCAUCGAGCAAAAAGAGGCCGGACAGCAACCCAUUACGUAUAGCCCGGUCCCGAUAACCUACAAGGGAACCGAGCCCAGCUACAUAGAGAAGGUCAUGGUCUCCACCAACAACGAAGAGGAGUUCCUUGUCAAGAUGUUGCUAAGACAAACUCGGCGCCCAGAAAUCGGCGACAAGUUCAGUUCCCGUCACGGUCAGAAAGGUGUGACCGGUUUAAUAGUCGAUCAAGAGGAUCUUCCUUUCAACGAUUAUGGCAUGUCACCUGACAUGGUCAUGAACCCACACGGUUUUCCUUCGCGUAUGACAGUCGGUAAGACCCUGGAGCUUCUGGGUAGUAAGGCAGGAGUUUUGGAGGGAAAAUUCCACUACGGAACCGCAUUUGGGGGAUCCAAAUGCCAAGACCUGCAGGAUGAACUAUUCAAGAAUGGUUUCAACUUCCUCGGAAAAGAUAUCUUCUAUUCGGGCAUCACCGGUGAACCAUUGGAAAUGUAUAUCUACUCCGGUCCUGUCUACUACCAGAAGCUCAAGCACAUGGUGCAGGAUAAGAUGCACGCUCGAGCUCGUGGCCCACGGGCUGUGCUCACCCGUCAACCGACGCAAGGUCGUAGUCGUGAGGGCGGUCUUCGUCUCGGCGAAAUGGAACGGGACUGCUUGAUUUCCUACGGAGCUUCCAUGCUGAUUAUGGAACGGCUGAUGAUUUCUUCCGAUGCGUUCGAUGUGGACGUCUGCAAUGUGUGCGGUCGGUUGGCUUACUCAUCCUGGUGCCACAAUUGUCGAUCAUCCGCCAGCGUAUCGAAAAUUUCCAUGCCCUACGCUUGUAAGCUUUUGUUCCAAGAACUAACCAGUAUGAACAUUGUUCCCCGGCUUAAACUGAAGAACUACUAAGAUAGAUUAGAAGUUGUAUGGAUUGAAUUCAUUAUUAAUUAAAAUACGCUGAAAUAUACUUUUCUUAUCCUUUCAUUUGUUCUAA